AUAUAAAGUAAUAUUUUGUUUUAAAAAGUUGAACACAAAGCUGGUUCCAUUCCCUUGCAUUUCAGCAUUGCUUCACUCACAGUUUCUUGGAUGGUUCUCACCUCGCACAUUGAAUGGAGCGCAUUCGGCAAAUGGAGCUUUGCGGAAUCAGCCGAGGAUUGCCGAUUGGCAUUAGACGUCAUAAUGAAAUACGUCACAAUCACGGUGGCGUCUUUGUAUUGUGACGUCACAAUAACUUAUACCUUCACAACGGAGGCAAAACAUUGAAGUCAUGAGCAGUGAAACCAUUAUGGAACCUAAGUACAAGAAGAGUAAGGAAUAUUUUGGAAGUUUGGGAGAUUCAGAAAGUGAUUGGGUAGACAAUACCAUGUCAGAAUUCAAAGACGGUACAGAAUACCUAGAAUGGUUGGAGCGACAGCUUCCAUACCUAGAGGAAUUUGAAGCCAGUGAUGCAGUUCAUUACUACUUUUUUCGGAGCUGGAGCAAACAUACAUUAUACUUUCCCGAGAUGGAACCUUUAAUUGCAAGUUUUUUCUCAUCAUUUUACAAUUUAUUAGAUGCCUAUAUUUCUUAA